GUUCGCCACGCGGCCCCUGGAGUGGCAUCGCAGCGCCGGAUUCACCGCCCCGCCGCGAGUGCGCCUGCGCGGCCGCCGGGGCUUUCCACCUCCGCUUCCCCUCCCCCUGGCCCCCGCGGGGGGCUCCGGGCCCGGCGGGAUCAUGUUUACCAGCACCGGCUCCAGUGGGCUUUACAAGGCACCUCUGUCGAAGAGUCUUUUGCUGGUCCCCAGCGCCCUGUCCCUUUUGCUGGCCCUCCUCCUGCCUCACUGCCAGAAGUUCUUUGUGUAUGACCUCCAAGCAGUCAAGAACGACUUCCAGGUUUGGAGGUUGAUAUGUGGAAGAAUAAUUUGCCUUGAUGUGAAAGAUACUUUCUGCAGCAGUCUGCUUAUUUAUAAUUUUAGGAUAUUUGAAAGAAGAUAUGGAAGCAGAAAAUUUGCAUCCUUUUUGCUGGGCUCCUGGGUUUUGUCAGCCUUGUUUGACUUGGUCCUCGUUGAAGCUGUGCAGUACUCAUUUGGUGUCACUGCAGCCAGUAAUUUGCCUUCUGGAUUCCUGGCACCUGUGUUUGCUCUGUUUGUACCAUUUUACUGCUCCAUACCAAGAGUCCAAGUGGCACAAAUUCUGGGCCCGUUGUCCAUCACAAACAAGACAUUGAUUUAUAUAUUGGGACUACAGCUUUUCACCUCUGGUUCCUACAUCUGGAUUGUAGCCAUAAGUGGACUUAUUUCCGGUGUGUGCUAUGACAGCAAAAUGUUCCAAGUCCACCAAGUACUCUGCAUCCCCACCUGGAUGGCAAAGUUCUUCUCUUGGACACUGGAACCCAUCUUCUCAUCUUCAGAACCCACCAACGAAGCCAGAAUUGGGAUGGGAGCCACAGUGGACAUCCAGAGACAGCAGAGGAUGGAGUUGCUGGAUCGGCAGCUGAUGUUCUCUCAGUUUGCACAGGGGAGGCGGCAAAGACAGCAGCAGGGAGGAAUGAUCAACUGGAAUCGUCUUUUCCCUCCUUUACGUCAGCGACAGAACAUCAACUAUCAGGAUGGCCGGCAGUCCGAACAGGCAGCAUCCCCUCCUCUAGAGGUUUCUGAGGAACAGGUUGCCCGGCUCAUGGAGAUGGGAUUUUCCAGAGGUGAUGCUUUGGAGGCCCUGAGGGCUUCCAAUAAUGACCUCAACGUGGCCACCAACUUUCUGCUGCAGCAUUGAUGGCCGAGACUGAUGCCAGGUCCGGCCCAGCCACUGAGUGACAGUGGCAUGGUCCCUGCCACCAAAUCAGCCCCGAGGAUCAGACACCACUGGCGCUGACAUUCUCCUGGGGAGAGGGCAGUCCCCGCUGUGCCCCUGCCCUGAACUCCAAGAUUGUUAUCAUUAGCGUAUCAAAAUAAGUUUGCCAUUAAAUUAGCAUGUAUUUUCUAUCUUUAUUUUUUUAUUGGGCCUUUUCCCUAGUUAGAAGAAUCAUCCGUCACUCAUUCCUGUUGUGUUUAAAAUGCAUUGACAUUGCCCAUGUCUGCAGACAGUUGGCGGGCACUGGGAUGGGGAGUCUUCUUACUGUAAUGCAUUAUCCUACUCACAUCUGAACGGUGUCGUCAUGGAGGGAGAGGCUACUGUUAGUUCAGAAAGGACAUGUCAUAUCGUUCUAUAUUAUGGACUCUCUUAAUCGCUUUUUUUUUUCCCCUCAAACAGUGUCUGUUCAGUAUCCAAACCUCCUCAGGGAUGAGGGGGCACCAGGGAGCCAAAUCCCACUCCACACUGUUCCAGUCCAGGAGACUUUUCCCAAUUCCCUCCCCCUCGUCCAUUUUAAAAUGAUAAUCAAGUACUGACCUGGGGUUAAUUUUGCUCAGAAUAUCCAGAGGUAGCCUCUCAGGCUGGGGCGAGAUGGGACAGAAAGAAGGAACAGUGACCUUCCUGAGCCCUGCAGGCCCACGAAAGAGCUCAGUGGCUCCGGCUGCGGCUCAGUCUGGGAGGAGGAGACGCAGUUCCUUGUGACCCAUCCUCGCUGCGGGCUGCCUGCUGGGCCCUCCCCACUCGCAGCCCCUCCAGCAGCAGGUUCCCCUGAGACCCGGGCCUGGAUCCAAAGGUGGCAGGAGGCAGGGUGGACUGGAAGAUGGGAGCCAGUGGGGAGGGGAGAGGCAGGGGGACCGCCCUGAGCUCAAAAGAUCCAAGCAAGCCGGCUCUCCCGAGGGGCAGCCGCUCUGUUCUGUCCUGUUCUGCAAGACAGGCAGCAGUGUAUCAAAUUGAUGCAAAUCUAGACGUGUGAUACUUACAAUAAAGUUUUUAAUGUUUUACUUUUCAUUGUUUUGACUUAUCUAAAUAGAACUUUAUUCCAGGAUGUACAUAUGGCAUUAAAAAGAAAUUACCAAACCA